AUGAGCCAGCCUCUCGUUCAGAUGCUGGUCCUGCUGGUAUCGCUGCACCAGCUGUCGGUGGUGAGCCAGUCGAAGGCGCACAGCGAGCGGGAAGCGGUGCUGAUCCCCGGCGAUAUUGUUCUCGGUGGUCUGUUUCCAGUACACGAGAAAGGCGGCGCCUCUUGCGGGCCGAACGUCUACAAUCGAGGCGUGCAGCGUCUCGAGGCGAUGUUGUUCGCCGUGGAUCAGAUCAACAAGAACAAGAAGAUACUGCCAGGCAUCACUCUCGGCGUGCACAUCCUUGACACUUGCGGCAGGGACACGUACGCGCUCAACCAGAGCCUCCACUUCGUCCGGGCGUCCCUGUCGAAUUUGGACAUCAACGUGCUCGAGUGCGCGGACAAGUCGGUGCCGAGGGUGAAAAAAACGGCCAGUGCCGGGCCGAUCUUUGGCGUGAUCGGUGGUUCCUACAGCUCGGUGUCGUUGCAGGUGGCGAAUUUACUCAGGCUUUUUCACAUACCGCAGAUCUCGCCCGCUUCCACCGCCAAAGCGCUCAGCGACAAGACUAGAUUCGACUACUUCGCGAGGACAGUGCCCCCGGACACGUUCCAGUCGAUCGCGCUGGUGGACGUGGUGAAGAGCGCGAAUUGGUCGUACGUCUCGACAGUGUACUCGGAGGGCAGCUACGGGGAAUACGGUAUCGAGGUGUUCACCAGGGAAGCCACCGAGCGCAACGUGUGCAUCGCGGCGGCGGUGAAAGUGCCUAGCGCCGCGGACGACCGCAUGUUCGACGACAUCAUUCAAAGACUGAGUAAGAAGCCGAACGCGAGGGCUGUGAUCCUGUUCACCCGCGCGGAGGAUGCCCGAGGGAUCCUCGAAGCUGCCAGAAGGUGCAACAUGAGCCAGCCGUUUCAGUGGCUGGCGAGCGACGGUUGGGGCCGUCAGAUCAAGCUCGUCGAGGGCCUCGAGGACGAGGCCGAAGGCGCGAUCACGGUGGAGCUCCAGUCGGAGAACAUCCCGGGCUUCGACGAGUACAUGGCCUCGUUGACCCCGGAGUCCAAUCGUCGGAACCCUUGGUUCAGUGAGUACUGGGAGGAAGCAUUCAGCUGCGUCCUCAGGAAGAAAGAAUUUGGCGUCGUCGGGCAAACAGCGAUCGGUCAAAACAGCACGGUGUGCCCUGCGAAGCUCAGAUUGACCCCGGAGACGGGAUACGAGCAGGAAUCGAAGGUUCAAUUUGUGGUAGACGCGGUGUACGCGUUCGCUCUGGCGCUGCACAAUCUUCAAAGGGACGUAUGCACAAAAACCGAAGGCCUCUGUGCAACGAUGGCGAACUACGACCGUGGCAUGUUCUAUAGGAACUACCUGCUGAACGUGUCCUUCACAGGUGAGUCUGAAAUUACCGCAUAC